CCUCUGACAGAGCAGUUCUGGAGAAGCGAAAGUAAAGUUUCUCUUUCUCUCUCUCUGCUCGGUCUGUUCCAUUAGUUUGUCCUCCACCUCAGAGAGCAGCAAAAUGGCAGAAGCCUUCAUAAAAACUCUGGACUCUUUCAACUGUCCGAUCUGUCUGGAUCUACUGAAGGAUCCAGUGACUAUUCCCUGUGGUCACAGUUUCUGUCUGGACUGUAUUAAGGACUGCUGGGGUCAGGAUGAUCAGAUGGGGGUCUACAGCUGCCCCCAGUGCAGACACAGCUUCACUCCAAGGCCUGUUCUCAACAAGAACACCAUGCUGGCUGAACUAGCUGAUGGUCUGAGGAAGACGAGGCUCCAAGCUGCUCCUCCUGCUGGAUCUCCUGCUGGAUCUGGAGAUGUGGAGUGUGACGUCUGCACUGGAUCAAAACUCAAAGCUGUUAAGUCCUGUCUGGUGUGUCUGGCUUCUUACUGUGAAGCUCAUAUUCAGACUCAUUAUGAAUCUCCUGCAUUUAAGAAGCACAAACUGGUUGAAGCCUCCAUGAAUCUGCAGGAGAAGAUCUGCUCUCAUCACGACAAACUGCUGGAGAUUUUCUGUCGCACUGAUCAGAAGUGUAUAUGUCUGCUGUGCUCACUAGAAGGACACAGAGGUCAUAACACCAUCUCAGCUGCAGCAGAGAAACCUGAGAAACAGGUAAAUUAAAC